GCUUUUUUCUCUCCAGCUUUCUCGACAUUUGUUUAGCGUUCACUGCCAAUGUGCGAUUCGGUAGACCAGAGCGAGCAUCCUGCCCCACGGCAGGCACGAAGCCAGCGUGUCCCGGGCAUGUGCAUCAAGUGCAAGACAGCAAAGCCAAACGUGUCGAUCCGGCUGAGUCUCUACUGCAAGCCGUGCUUUGUGAAGGCAGAAAUAUUCAAAUUCCGCACAGCGCUAAACAAGUCGCGGCAGAAGGCCAACCAGCACGGUACCAAACUGAUGGCAGCUGUUUCCGGCGGACCGACCAGCAUGGCGAUGCUGAAGCUGAUUCUUGACUUCCACAACGUCGGGCGCCAGGGUAAGACUGCCUCUACCGCAUUCGCAAGCGUCACAGUCGGGCACGUUGACGAGUCGGCGCUGUUUCCGGGCUGUGAGGAUGGAGUGCAGCGUAUACUUCAGGCCGAGGAUGUAGAGGUGGUGACAGCCCGGCUCGAGGACGUGUUUGACAGCGAAGAGGGGCUGGAGCUGGUCGAGAAGACAGUGACUCCGGGCGCAGUGCGCGACAAAUUUGUUGCACAGAUUGUGCGACAGAACCCAGGUGUGUCACCCAGGGAGCGGCUGAAGCAGCUGUUUAGUGGGCUGAGCACGGCUACAAACCGCGAGGACAUGCUGGACAGUAUCAAGACGUUCCUCAUUAAAAAGCUGGCCCAGUCCUGCGGAUGCAGGACAUUACUUCUCGGCGACUCGGGGACGCGCAUGGCCACAAAGGUUGUCACAUAUACCAGCCGCGGCCGCGGCUACUCAUUGCCGUUCGAGGUGCUGGCUGAGUCGCAGUGGGGCGACAUUGCUGUGCUCCGCCCGAUGCGUGAGUGGAUUGCCAAGGAGGUUGCUUUUUUCAACAGGUGGACAGCGCAGCCAUCAGCUGUGGUGCCGACCUUUACCACUGGUGCCCCGGCCAAGGCGUCCAUUGACCGGCUGACCGAGUCGUUUAUUGUUGCCCUCGACAGGGAUUUUCCAUCCACAGUGGCCACUAUAUGCAGGACAGUGACGAAGCUGCAGCCGCAAGACGAUGCGGCAGAUGCUGUCCAUUGCCUUGUGUGUGGGAUGCCUGCUGAGGCCGGGGCACAGACGUGGCGAAACCGGCUUACGGUGAGUGACGUGUCCUCGACUGAGUCGGAAGGGCCUGUGGCCGCUGGGGCCAAGCCUGAGCCUGAGCCCGAGACCAAGCUGGCUGCAGGUGGUAUUGAUAUCACACAGCGGCUCUGCUACUCAUGCCAGAAUCUUCUCCAUGAUGCAAAGCCUGGCACGGUCCUCCCAGAGUUCAGCACUCACAGGUACCAGACGUCCGACGCAGCCGAUUUGCGAAAGCAGAUUGAGGAGUUUUUGAUUUGACGUCGGCAUCUCUUUUUUGCACAAUAGCAUCUUUCCCGAGUCAGAUAUGCGAAUGACCAAGUCAGAAAUAUG